AAGUUUUUUAUGUGCUGCACAAGAGCCCAGGACACACAAUCUGAUGCUUAUUCAGAGGUGGCCAGCCUUUUUGCAGAAUUCUUUAGAGACCUGGACAUUGUACCAAGUGAUAUCAUUGCUGGCCUGGUACUUCUUCGCCAGAGACAGAGGACUAAGAGAUCUGCCAUCUUGGACCAGGCCAAUAAUGACAUUUUAGCAUUCUUGUCGGGGAUACCUGUCACUCGUAAUACCAGAUACCUGGACCUCAAGAACUCUGCUGAGAUGAACAUGUACAAAGAUGUGUGUUACUACAAGCUCUUUGCCCUGGCUGCGUACGGUUGGCCUAUGUACCUGAUGAGGAAGCCUGGCUGCGGGCUGUGCCGCCUUGCCAGCUCCUGCCCCUGCACCUCGGUGUCCGGUUCUCGGUUGUCUCAGUCCGUGACGGUGGAGGAGGACAACUGCUGCGGCUGCAAUAUCCUCGCCAUACGCCGACACUUCCUGGACAGGGAUCUCAAGCAGGUUCACAUUGUCUACACUUCCUGUCACGAUGCUGUGAUCGUAUAG